GGCAGAAGUUACGAUCAUACCGUCGAGCUCGCGGAUGUCUUAUAUGAGAUGGGAAAUGCGGAAGUUUAGGUUGCACUGCUUUCUUUCGGUCUCUAGAGUUUCUAUUUGAGUUUCUCUCAUUUGUUAAAGCUGGUCUUCGGCUAUGUGAGGAUAAGAGAAGAGACACUGACAUCGGUCUGCCUGAACUGCGCUGAGCUGCUUUGAAAACUUUGAUUUGAGAAUGUUCUUCAGUGAUCGAGAGGAUGCAAUGGCUAUGUUUGAGCUGGACAGUCCAAAUGAGACUUUACUUACACCACAGCAUAACUCAUAUGCCCCUCGAUUAUAUGACUAUGUCCUGGUGGCAGAUAAAGUGGAGGACAUGGAGGACCAAACCUUUAAGAAGCAGGAUGCCUUUAUUGGCGAACUGAAACGGAAGAACAUUAAAGUGACUAGAAUUGAAAAUGCUGGAAAGGUGUUCUUCGGUAUCUGUGCACCUGAGGAGAUGUUUGCAAAGUACAAGUACUUGCUAAAGGUGUCUGAUUCCUGUAACUGGAGCGCAGAGCAAAAGUGUGAAUCGUCUGUGUCAUACUGCACCAGAAUCCGGAUUGUCCACUUCGUCUUGCAUCAUACAUAUAUAGGACCAGGAGAGAGCCUUGAAGAGCUGCUGUCUGAAGGUGCUUUUGAGUCUAUCUUCUGUCUGCAUGAGAAAAAUGAGCAGAAAACACUAAAGAAGAAGUGGGCAAGCUGGCUUUCAGUAUUGAAGGUUUUUAAACAGCCUGUCACUGAUGUCAAGGACUAUUUUGGGGAGAAAGUGGCACUGUAUUACCUGUGGCUGGGCUGGUACACACGGAUGCUUGUCCCUGCAGCUAUUAUCGGUAUUAUUGUGUUCUUGUACGGCCUUGCUUUCUUCAAUACCAGUCCACUUAUUCAUGAAGUCUGUGACUCCAACACCAUUAUGUGCCCAAGAUGUGACAAAAGAUGCAGCGUGUGGAACCUGUCUGACACAUGUACAUAUGCCAAGGUGAGCCAACUUUUUGACAAUGAAGGGACGGUGGCUUUUGCAAUGUUCAUGGCGAUUUGGGCAACCCUGUUCUUGGAGGUGUGGAAGAGACAUCGAUCUCUGUACGUGUCAAAGUGGAAAGUGUUUGACUGGUGCGAGGAGGAGGAAGAACUGAUCUUGGAGAUUGUAAAUGAUCCUCAGUGUAAACCCAAAGAGUUCAGACAUUCCUACCUGCGCAGCAUUGUGGUGCUUCUGUUGGUCACGUUAGUGCUGGUGGUGAUCAUUGGUCUGACCCAUGCUCUGGUGAUCUUCCGUGUUUUAACUACAAUAUUGUUGUCUGAUAGCAACUGGCACUUUCUGCGUGACCAUGCUAACACAAUAGCCAUGUUGUCCGGAGCAGUGCUACACUACAUUACUAUUCAGGUUAUGACUCGGGUCAACAAAAUUGUGGCAUUCAAACUGUGUGAGUUUGAGAAGACCCGCUCCUUUGCAGCCACAGAGAAGCACUUCACAGUGAAGAUGUUCACAUUUCAAUUCUUUACCCUCUUCUCAUCACUAUUUUAUGUGGCGUUCUUUCUGGGAAGAAUCAAUGGCCAUCCUGGAAACUAUGUUCGAAUUGCAGGGAAAUGGAGGCUAGAAGAGUGUCAUCCAAGCGGCUGCCUUACGGAUCUCUUCAUCCAGAUGGCUGUAAUUCUGGUGCUCAAACAAACAAUCAACAACAUAUUUGAGUUCACAGUGCCCUGGUUGAAGCUGUGUUUCAAGCGUACAAAAGCUAAGCCGAUGCGCAGAAAGUGCGGUAACUGUUACCGGAAGGCAUGUAAAGCGGAGGAUAGUAACACCUUCCCAUGUGACCUCUGCAACCUUCGUAAUUGGCUGGAAAACUACGAUCUGAAUGAUGUUAAUGCUUUCAGCUUGUUUAAUGAGUUUUUGGAAAUGGUUCUUCAGUUCAGUUUCACCACCAUCUUUGUGGCUGCGUUUCCUCUGGCUCCAUUAUUGGCACUCAUCAAUAACAUAUUUGAGAUCAGGCUCGAUGCCAUCAAGAUGGUCAGCCUUGAGCGCCGUCUAGUGCCCAAAAAGACAAAUGACAUUGGUGUGUGGACUGGAAUAUUAGAAGCUGUUGGUGUGAUGGCUGUCAUUGCUAAUGGACUAGUGAUUGGGAUUACCUCUGACUUCAUACCUCGUCUGGUGUAUCGAUACCAUUAUGGACCUUGUGCUGUCGGCAAUAGUACAAACCUGGACUGUAUGACAGGGUAUAUCAACAACACUCUAGCAACAGCGUUCAUGUCCAAUGAGAGAGUGAAAAAUGACUUCAAGGAAUUGAUCACAGACAACGGGUAUAAUGUUACGCAGUGCAGUUACAAAGACUACCGCAGUGAUGAAGACCAGAGUCUCACCUCUCAGUUUUGGCUCAUUCUGGCUCUCCGCUUUGCCUUUGUUAUUCUGUUCGAGCAUGUGGUGGUGAUGUGCAAAUUUAUUGCUGCCUGGUUUAUACCUGACAAUCCCCUCAAAGUCAAGAAUGAAAGGCUAGACGACAAACUGAAAAGACUGAAAAAGGAACUUAAGGAAGCAAAUGCAACAUAUGAAAGUAGAUCUACUGAGGUGUGAACAAUGAAGGUUCAAACCAUGUUCUUUCAUAUGAGAGAUUUGAAAACCUUCUGACUUCUGUGUGCAAACAAGACUUGACACAAGGAAGAUUUCUGUAUUUGACUGAUCAUUAUUUCACUUGCAUCAGUUCAGUACAUGGGACAGAUCUCUUCACUUUACUACUUCCAGAGCCUUCAGAAGCUCUCGAUGCAGUUUACAGUUUCCCGUCAAGAUGACUCGUUUGGUUUGCUUCAGAUGGAUACACUUUACAUGUUUUUGGUUGCGUCAUAAAUUAAUUGUAUUUCUGAGCAAUCGAAAAAAAGGGAAUUUUUUAAAGGAAAAAAAUGUGAAAACGUCAAAUCAGACAGUUGAUGCCUAUUAUUUUAUUUAGUGUGUGUGUGCUUCUAAGAAAAAAAAUCCAACAAGCCUAAAAUAAUCCAUUCAUUUUGUUGCCAAAAACAUUUUAUGGCAAUUCCUUAGAUUUUAACUGAAUAUAUUAAUGUGUUUACUGUUUAAUGUUUACCAAGUUUCAUGACGACUUUUAUUUAAAUAUGAAUACCUGAAUGUGACAAACUAAAAAUAUCAGGAAUUGUGCCAUUGUGUGUGAUCAUCUUUACAAUUCUUUACAUAGCAAUUUUAAACUGUCUUUUUCGGUAAAUAUAAAUAUAUUUUGAUAUUGUAUUUUUGAUGUUGUCAUAGGCCCGGUUUCACAGACAGGGUUUAGAUUAAGCCAGGAUUAGGCAUUUAAGUAGCUUUUAUAAACUUGCCUUAGAAAAAAACAUUACUGAUGUGCAUCUUGAGACAAAACAAUGGCAGUGACAUAUUUGAAUGUCAGUGCAAGUUUAUUUCAGUUAAAACAGCUGAAACAUGCAUUUUACUCUAGGACUAGGUUAAAAUCUUGUCUGUGAAACUGUGUUCCAGGAAUGAAAAGCUGAAAUAAAUAUUGAAGGUGAAGUUGAAAUUAAACUGUUUCCCCUUUUGUCCUCCACAAGAUGUCAGUAGAAAUGCACGUGUACACAAAGAAUGAAUACUUGCAUUCCACAAAGUUAUUUUUGGAAAAUACGUUUUGUCUUAUUCUGUCAACUGCUUAAGAUUUCUAUUGUGUUGUUAUUGAUGGGUUAUUAAUUAGCUAAUAUUUAUAUUUUAAUAAUAAGAUAUUUAUAGUACAUUGAUAUUAAUAAUACAAUGUGAAGAUGUGGUUGUGUUAUUUAGUUGGAUUUGGAUAUAACCCUAUUUAUCAAACCAAUCUUUUAAUAAUAGUCCUUGAACCCUAAAUAUCUAUACCAAAAUGUAUUUAAAAUACAUUUAUUACAUUAUCAAAAUAAAUUAUUAAAUCAAUUUAUACAAUAACAUUUUUUUUUCUGACAUAUCGCACUUUAUUGUACUUCUUUAUUACACAAUGCACAUUUUGUAAUAUGUUUUACUCACUUUUAGUAAGGAUAGUAUGAUCUCUGUAUAAUAUCAGUCUUUAAAUCCAAGAUAUUUUAAGUAGUGUAUUUAAAAGUAUAUUUGCAAUAGUUCCACUUUAGCACAAUCUUUAGUUGGACCGCACUAUUUCUGGAUAACUAAAGUGCAUUAAGUACAGAAUUAGUUAUUUCAAUUUAGCAGACUUAAGUAUAUCAAUUUAGUAUACCAAAAAAAAUAAAUAA